AUGUCUCGAACUAUCCUGUCACUGCCGCCAUCGAUACGGAGUGCUUUCAAUGUCGUUGGGCCGGCUCCCUCACGAACUUUCACACAAACACGAUCUCUCAAACUUUUUGCCUCAUCAAAGCACGCCCUCCGCAGAUCAACCUGCCUGGUAACAGGCGCCUCUCGCGGCAUAGGUCGCGCAAUUGCAGUCGCCUUAGCACGUGAAGGAGCUGGUUGCCUCCUUGUUGGCCGAGACGAAUCCGCUCUAAAGGAAACCUACGAGCUCUGCGUCUCUGCCCGCGGUUCAGUCGGUCGUAGUCAUUUUGUCCUUACCGGAGACAUUACCGACCCAUCCUUCUGGUCCACCCUCGACAAGAACCCUUGCUGGGAGCCUGAGAACGGCAGACUAGAUGUUUUGGUCAACGCAGCAGGGGUUACGCAUUCCAGUCUCUUGAUCCGCACCUCACAAGCCAAGGUCGACAACAUUCUAAACACAAAUUUAAACGCUGCUAUCCAAGCUUCUAGAUUUGCAGCAAAGAAGAUGCUCAAGAACUCUGCAGAGGCCAAUAAGGGAGCUGGUCAUAUUCUGAACAUCUCAUCUCUACUCGCUACGCAUGGCGGCGUGGGCAGUGUAGCUUACGCAGCUUCAAAGGCUGGCAUUUUGGGGCUCACUCGCUCACUGUCUGCUGAACUCGGCACCAAAGGCAUCAGAGUCAAUGCCAUCUGCCCUGGCUAUGUGGAAACGGACAUGACAAAGGCAAUGUCGUAUGCUGCAAGAGACGCUGCUCUGGCCAAAGUCCCCGCCGGCAGAUUUGGUACUGUAGACGAGGUUGCUGAUGCGGCUGUCUUCUUGUGCGGAAACCAGUAUGCGAACAACACUGUGAUAACACUCGAUGGUGGCUUGAAUGCCAUCAUGUAA